UCACGCUGCUGCUAGGUCCACAGUGUGUCAUGGGUCCCUGUACCGCCUCCCAUUGCUGCUGUCUCCAUCGCCACACUCUGCCAUGUGCCACUUUCAGGUCUCCUCACACUCCUGCUGGUUUCCAUUUUGUCAUAGGUUGCUGGCAGAUUACAGGCCUCCCAUAGGUGCUGCCAGGCCCCAAAUCUGCCAUGGGCCCCCGUACCGCCUCCUCACGCUGCUGCUAGGUCCACAGUGUGUCAUGGGUCCCUGUACCGCCUCCCAUUGCUGCUGUCUCCAUCGCCACACUCUG